AUGAUGGCCGAUGACCCUUUGUCAGCGUUCAAAGCCGCUGCAUCAAAGCAACGCGGCAUUCCUUCAACGAGGUUCCAGCACAGAAGGACUGCUGGAGAAAUCCACAGAUGCAGACGCGGUCAGCGCACCGACAUCAAGCCGACUGAAUGGGACAAGUUUGGCUAUGCAGAUAAGGAUGAGGUCCUCAGGCGUGAAAUCACCUAUGACGCGCAAACUUUGCCCAUCACACGGGUGAAGCCGGGUGAGCUGACCACGGAGGAGUUCUUGAAGGAAUUUGCUGCCAAGUCCAGACCUGUGAUCAUCGAGGGAGCAUGUUCAUCUUGGCCUGCCUCCAACCGCUGGUCACUGGAUGCUCUUGAAGAAAGGUUCCGGCAUGUUGAUUUCAAAGUUGGGAAGACUGACAAGGGAAAGAACAUCCAGUUAAAGAUGAAGUACUAUGCUGAUUAUUGUCGGCAUCAGAGGGACGACAGUCCCUUGUAUCUUUUCGAGACCAAGAUCGACGAAACGAGUGCCAUGCGUCACUUGCUCUCAGACUUUGAAAUACCAGAUUUCUUUCCUGAUGACUGGUUUGCUCUAAUGAAUCAUGAUGCCAGACCGCCGCAUCGUUGGUGGUGCAUUGGACCGAAGAGGUCUGGGACGACAGUGCACACUGAUCCGUUGGGCACAGCAGCUUGGAAUGCUGUGACCCAUGGGGUGAAGCGAUGGGUCUUGUUCGAGCCCUGCACUCCCAAGCGCAUCGCAAAAGGGAAAGCUGUUCUGAAAGAAGGUGAGGACACUGAGGCCAUCAUGUACUUCGAUUUCAUAUUGCCUCGACUCAAAGAGGCCUAUCCAGAUGUCAAGACAUAUGAAGGGCUGCAAGGUCCUGGAGACCUUAUCUUUGUCCCUGGGGACUGGUGGCAUGGUGUUCUCAACCUGGAGGACGCUGUUGCAAUCACUGAGAACUACUGCGGCCGGGACAACUUUGAGACAGUCUGGCGGCGAACGCGUAAAGAUCGUGAAAAGGUUGCACACCUGUGGCUUCGCAACAUGAAGAAAUUUGCCCCAAGGUUGUACGAGUGGGCGCUUGAUCUCAACAAUCAUGAUGGAUUCCGCAUGCGGCACCUGCGCGGUCCAGGCGAGAAAAAAGAGGAGUCCGAUGCCGACUCUAGCAGCGAAUCCUCCAGCGAUUCAACCAGUGACGAAGCAGAAGACCUCACCGCUGAGGGCCUCGAAGCUGUGCUGGGCCCGGGUGUCGUGCUCGGUGACAGGCAGCUUUCUGAGCUUCACAGACGAAACCUCAGCAAGCAGGAGGAAGAGAACCAGCAACGGAAGGAGGAGCUGCGGCAAGCUGUGGCGGCGGUCAAGAGACAAGUUCAGGAAGUUGAAGUUUCGCUGAGCAAGCUAGAGGCACCGGACGAGGCACUGGAGAGUCAGCGAACCAGUCUGGACCUGAAGUGUCGCCAGGUCAUGGCGGAGUACGGUCAAGUGCAAGAAAAGCUAGAGAUAAAUCGACACCAGCAGCUUUGCGAGCGUCUUGCAGGCAGUGCAGAUGGCGCCUCCCCACCUUGGAUGCUAACAGGGGCACACGAGACGAGCGUUGGCCGACUACUGAUGUCUGCAGGUGCAGCAUCCUGGCAGGGCAACAAGGAAGUGCAAGAAGAUCGCUUCCUCACCGAUGUUGAGCUACAAGCACCUGGAGGUCAACGUAUAGUUGGUGUUCUGGUUUUCGAUGGGCACUCUGGCAGCCUGUGUGUUGAUAUCAUGAUGGAUUGGCUUCCAAGGAAUCUACAGAAAUGCUUGUCAGCAAAACCGAUGCUGACGGAGGAGCAUUUGAAGCAGGCAGUCACAGAGGCAUGUGUCUUAACGGAUGACGAGUUCUUGAUCAAGGCCCGCGAGCGUGAGGCUUUAGAUGGAACCACGAUGAUCCUCUGCCUCGUGUGGCCGGAUGAAGGACGACGUGGAGAGCAGUCCAAGGCCAAGAGCAGGUUGCUGGUGGCCAACUUGGGUGACUCUCGAGCAGUCCUUGGUCGUCAGCAGGCGGGACGUCUUGGAGCUGUUCGCCUUUCUGACGACCACAAGCCUGGACGACCAGAUGAGCAGCGUCGCAUUGAAGGCAACGGAGGAGUUGUCGACAUGCAGGGUGUCUGGCGCGUCUUCACGCCCGGACCGGCAACAUUUGGUGGUCGCAGUCUGCUUUGGGGCCUUGCGGUUUCCCGGGCAUUCGGUGACCUCUUGAUGAAGGAGCCGCAACGUUAUGGCUGCACAGGCUGCUCUGGCGCCUUGGUGAGCGCGCUACCCGAGAUCACGCUCCAUGACUUGAAUGCCAAUGAGGACAGAUUCCUUGUGUUGGCAUGCGAUGGAGUUUGGGACGUACUGGAUGAUGAGGAGGCUGUGGUAGUUUGUGCAGAACACAAGACCGCUGACUUGGCAGCGCAUGCCCUUGUUCGGCGGGCUUUUGAACUCGGGAGCGAUGACAACCUGACCGCCGUAGUGGUGGCAUGGCAGGCAAGCGACAAGGCCGACCCGGAUGGCAAGAAGCCUCGCCUUGACUAA